AUGGUAGGAAAGGCUAGAUCUUCCAAUUUUACCUUAUCUGAAAAGCUUGAUUUGCUAAAACUUGUGAAGCCAUAUGUGAAAAUCCUCGAAGAACACACUAAUAAGCAUUCAGUAAUAGUGGAAAAGAAUAGAUGUUGGGAUAUCAUAGCAGUUAACUAUAAUGCAAUUGGAGUAGACCGCCCUCCUCGAACAGCGCAGGGCCUACGCACCCUUUACAAAAGGCUCAAAGAAUAUGCCAAACAGGAGCUAUUGCAGCAAAAAGAUACCCAAUCAGAUUUAAAAAGCAGUAUUUCUGAGCCAACCAAGAAAGUUAUGGAGAUGAUUCCCCAGAUUUCCAGUUUUUGCCUGGUAAGAGACAGGAACCACAUACAAAGUGCAAACUUGGCUGAGGAGGCACAGGCUGGUACCAGCUCACUGCAGGUAAUGUUGGAUCAGCAUCCAGUUGCUAUUACAGUGGAGGUGAAGCAAGAAGAAGACAUUAAGCCCCCUCCUCCACUGGUUUUAAAUUCGGAACAGAGUUAUACUUUAGAGCAAAGAGAAGAACAUGAAUUAGUACAUGUUAUGGACAGAUCUGUGUCGCCGUCACUUUCCUCUGUUGAUAUGAGAAUGACAUCGUCUCCAUCUUCCAUCCCAAGGAGAGAUGACUUUUUUCAUCAUGAGUGUGGAGGACACUUUAGGUCACAGUUAGGGUAUGAUCCUCAGAUUCUGCAAAUGCUGAAAGAGGAGCAUCAGAUAAUUUUAGAAAAUCAAAAAAAUUUUGGAUUAUAUGUUCAGGAGAAGAGGGAUGGAUUGAAAAGAAGGCAGCAGCUAGAAGAAGAGCUGCUACAAGCAAAAAUUGAAGUGGAGAAGCUGAAAGCAAUUCGCUUACGGCAUGAUCUGCCUGAAUAUAAUCGUUUCUAAAUUUUUUUCAGUUUCACAAUAUGAUAAUUUUAAUUUUGGCCGUUACUUUCUCUUGGGAAUGUCUUAAAGCAGAAUAUGUAUUUAAUGUAUCGUUAACCUCUAUUAUGAAAAAAACAUUUUUGACAUUUUGUAAAUUAUUUAAUUUUCUUUUGAUAUAUAUUACAAUUUUUUGAUUG